AUGAACUACCACGCCGUCCACCACAUGCACCCGCGCGUCCCCUUCCACCAGCUGCGCCGCGCAUUCGACGCGACGCGGCGAGAGCUCAGGCACGUCGAGGAGCGCGGGGGAACGACGAGACACAAAUGGGACAAGCGUCAGCGGAUCAAGGAUCAGCACGGCGAGCGUGAGAUACAAUUCGCCGACGUGGAUGAUCACAACGUGGUGACAAAGACCGUCAUGGGAGCGCGGGUGCGGCAGCAGGCGGGGGUGCCACACGGAGCGCACCACGAGAGGAUCAUGCGGGGAGAGGCGGGGAGAGAGACCCCGGGCGCCGCCACGAGGAGCGAACUCAGGGGCUGCCUCGUAUGUAAGGCCGCGAGGGACGCGGCGAGGAGGGCGGCACUAAAGCGGGACCCGCUGUGCCCGAUCGUGCGGAAAGCCGCGCAGCAAUGGACCGAGGAAGAUGAGAACCCGCCUAGAGCGACAAUGGCGCACUUGCUUAGCGGCGCCUGCCCGGGGAAUAGGGAGCAGGCCAGACGGAUACGCUGA